AUUAUCCUGGGCAAUCAACCAGUCAUCUUUCCCCAUGUGGCUAGUGUACAACCUUGCUUGUGGGUGUCUGGCAAACACAAUGACCUUGAAGAACUAGGCGUAGAUACCUACCACCAUACCUUAUUCGAAAUAUUGGGAAAUUGGUCAUUUGGUGAUUAUUUUAAACAGGAAGCCAUACAUUGGGCUUGGGAGCUGCUUACAGAAGAGUAUAAACUUCCUACAGAUUGUUUAUAUGUAACCAUUUUUGCUGGAGAUACUGCAGAUGGGUUGCAACAAGACCAUGAAGCAAUAGCUAUUUGGGCCAAUUACUUGCCGAAAGAGCGCAUCUUACCCUUUUCUAAAAAGGAUAAUUUUUGGGAAAUGGGCGAACAGGGUCCUUGCGGUCCCUGCUCAGAGAUUCAUAUAGAUAUUCGCUCAGAAGCGGAACGUAAGGCAGUACCAGCUGCUCACUUGGUAAAUAGAGAUCACCCGCAGGUUAUUGAAAUUUGGAAUUUGGAUUUUAUGCAAUACAAUCGCCUUGUUUCGGGGAAGUUGGUCGACCUACCUCAUAAGCAUAUCGAUACUGGCAUGGGAUUUGAACGGUUGGCCAUGGUGUUACAAGGUAAAACAUCUAAUUACGAUACCGAUGUGUUUACUCCCCUCAUAGAAAAAUUAGAGAUACUUUCUGGUAAAAAUUAUAACCAAAACCCAACCAUUGAUGUCGCUAUGCGCGUUAUUGUAGACCAUGUACGUGCUGUAGUUUUUUCUAUUGCCGAUGGACAACCCCCUUCCAAUACAAAAGCAGGGUAUGUGAUUCGUCGUAUUCUACGCAGAGCCAUUCGAUAUGGAUAUAGUCAUUUGGAAAUUCAACAGCCUUUUAUGCACAAAUUGGUAGCUGUUUUAGUGGAACAAGUAGCAGGUGUUUAUCCAAACCUAACCAUGCAACAACAUUAUAUUGAACAGUUGUUAAGCCAAUUAGAUCAAACUAAAAUAUGCCAUGGUGUUAUAGAUGGGCAGGUAGCUUUUGAACUGUAUGAUACCCAUGGAUUUCCCUUAGAUUUGACCUUACUAAUUGCUAAAGAACAGGGACUAACCAUCGAUGAAGUCGGGUUUCAACAAGCAUUGCAACAGCAAAAAUUGCGUUCACAAAAAGAUGCGGCUACCACUCAAGGUGAUUGGCAAAUCGUGCAAAAGGAAACACAUCCUUGUUUUGUAGGAUAUGACCAAUGUAUAGUUACUACUUCUAUUGUACAAUGGCGUACUAUUGCUAAUAAACGAGGGAAAGGAGGGGGGCAGGUAGCUGAUGUUGGAUGUAUGGUAUCCAAUAAUGAGUCUAUUCCUAUAGUAGAUGUACAGAAAGAGCAUGAGUUAAUUGUACAUACCAUUCCUCAGCUUCCUACUCACUUAACCGGUUGCAUAGAGGCUCGUGUAGAUAAAGUACAGCGAACUUUAACUGCCAAUAAUCACACUGCUACCCAUCUUUUACAGGCUGCACUUGAAGCUGUUCUAGGUGACCAUGUGAACCAAAAAGGUUCCUUUGUUACACCAACGGUUUUACGUUUUGAUUUUGCACACCCUACAAAGUUAUCUUUAGCGCAAUUGCACGAGGUAGAAGCUAUGGUAAACCAAAAAAUUAGGGAAAAUAUCCCUUGUGUUGAGCAACGUACAGUUCCACUAGAUACUGCUAAGGCUAUGGGCGCACAAGCGCUAUUUGGUGAAAAAUAUAGCGCUGAUGUACGUGUGAUUACCUUUGAUCCAAACUUUUCCAUAGAGCUUUGUGGGGGUACGCAUGUAAAAACUACAGGACAAAUUGGCUUUUUUAAGCUGCUCAGUGAAACUGCUGUAGGUACAGGCAUCCGAAGAAUAGAAGCCAUAACAGCUAGCAGUGCCAAAGCAUUUGUAACAAACCAAUGCACUACGCUAGCAGCCAUAACCACGUUACUAAAACAACCUAAAAAUGUGAUCAAAGCUGUAGAAACUUUGGUUUAUGAAAUAAAUCAACUACAAAAACAGGUGACAGCUUACCAAGCCAAAGCCAUUCAGCAAGUAGCGGAUGAACUACAAUGUCACUUGGAACAAAUAAAUGAUAUAUACCUACUAGUUCAAGAAGUUCAAGUGCCCCAUGCAACAGCUUUAAGGCAAAUUGUAUUUCAGUAUAAAGCUCAUUAUGACAAAAUUUUUAUAGUCCUAGCUGCUAAACUGGCAGAUAAAGCAGAAAUAGCCAUGUUUGUAUCAGAUGUCUUAUGGCAAAGUGAUACCAAGCAUGCCCAUGAUUGGAUACAAUCUUUAGCACCACUUAUUGGAGGUAGUGGGGGAGGGCAGCCUUUUUUUGCAACAGCCGGAGGAAAUACACCAGAAGGGAUAAAAGAAGUAUUGAAAGCAGCAAAAGAACUUUUA